AUGUCUUCUGCUGAAGUAUCCACCGUUGUCCCAGAAACUAAUCCCGUGGAGUCCUCCACGAAUGGUACCACCAUCAACACGAACGUGGCGACAGAAGGUGCUGCUGAUGGCAACGAGACCCCCAACUCCGCUGCCCCUACCAACGCCCAACCACACUCUGCAUCCCUCUACGUCGGUGAACUAGACCCCUCCGUCACUGAAGCUAUGCUUUUCGAGCUCUUCUCUUCUAUCGGCCAGGUCGCUUCCAUCCGUGUCUGCCGUGACGCAGUCACCAGACGCUCUCUCGGCUAUGCCUACGUCAACUACAACAACACCGCUGAUGGCGAACGUGCUCUCGAAGAUCUCAACUACACUCUUAUCAAGGGCAAGCCAUGCCGGAUCAUGUGGUCCCAGCGUGACCCUGCCCUGCGCAAGACCGGCCAGGGCAAUGUCUUUAUCAAGAACUUGGACACUGCCAUCGAUAACAAGGCUCUCCACGAUACCUUCGCCGCUUUUGGCAACAUUCUCAGCUGCAAGGUCGCUCAGGACGAGUUUGGUAACUCCAAGGGCUACGGCUUUGUUCAUUACGAAACGGCUGAAGCCGCCACCAACGCCAUCAAACAUGUCAACGGCAUGUUGCUGAACGAGAAGAAGGUCUUUGUUGGCCACCACAUCGCCAAGAAGGACCGCCAGAGCAAAUUUGAGGAGAUGAAAGCCAACUUCACCAACGUCUACGUGAAGAACUUGGAGCCUGAGGUCACCAAUGAAGAAUUCCGGGAGCUGUUUGAGAAAUACGGUGAAAUCACAUCCGCAUCGCUCAGCCGAGAUAACGAGACCGGCAAGAGCAGAGGGUUCGGUUUUGUCAACUUCGUUAACCAUGAUAGUGCUGCUGCUGCCGUUGAAGACCUAAAUGAUAAGGAAUACAAGGGCCAAAAACUCUAUGUUGGACGAGCACAGAAGAAACACGAGCGAGAAGAGGAAUUGCGCAAGCAGCACGAGGCUGCUCGUGUCGAGAAGGCAUCUAAGUACCAGGGUGUCAACCUCUACGUCAAGAAUUUGACUGACGACAUCGAUGAUGAGAAACUACGAGACCUUUUCAUCGGUUUUGGAAACAUUACCUCUGCCAGAGUCAUGCGUGACACCAUUAGCGACGCUGGUUCCGAAUCUGAGAAAGAGAAGGAGGCCUCAAAGGAUAACAAAGAGAACGUGAAGGAGGAGACUAAGAAGGAGGCUGGUGGAGAAGAUUCCGCUGAGAAGACGGACAAGGCUGAAAAGCCAGAUACCAAGAAACCUACUGAUAAGAAACUCGGGAAGAGCAAGGGAUUUGGGUUUGUCUGCUUCAGCAAUCCAGAUGAAGCUUCCAAGGCGGUCACAGAGAUGAACCAGCGCAUGGUUAAUGGCAAACCUCUAUAUGUUGCCCUUGCUCAACGAAAGGACGUUCGCAAGAGCCAGCUUGAGGCAAGCAUUCAAGCUCGUAAUACCAUCCGACAACAGCAAGUUGCUGCUGCCGCUGGAAUGUCCCAACCGUUCAUGCAGCCUGCCGUCUAUUACCCACCUGGCCAGCAGGGAUUUAUCCCUGCAAACGCACAACGCGGUGGCAUGGCUUUUGCCCAACAACCCGGCAUGGUCCUCCCCGGAAUGCCAGGCGGUCGACCCGGACAAUACCCCGGCGGCUUCCCACAGCAAGGUGGACGCGGUCUAGCCGGCCCCAACCAACAACUUCCACCAAAUGCAUUUGGCCUGGGUGCCCAGGGACUCCCCAUCGGCGCACUCCAGGGUCCAGGCGGUAUUCCGAAUGGUCUCACCUACCCACAAGCUAUUGCUCAGGUUCAAGCUUCGUUCGGACGGGGUGGUGGUGGCCGCGGACAUGUCCCGGGUAUGCAAGGUAUGCCACCUAAUAUGGGCAAUGUUCCUGGCAUGCGCGGGGCUGGUGGUCCAGGGUUCGCGCAAGGUCGUGGUGGCAUGCCGCCUCAAGGAGCCGGUGGGAUGGGUGGACGACCAGGCCAAGCGGGGCGUGGAGGAGCGGGUGGUAUUGGUGGGCCUGUGCCAGGGAUGCCACCUCGUGAUGACGGUGCCGGUGUCGUGGGUGUUGGUGUGGGACCCAGCGGACUGAAUCUUCAGGCGUUUAGUGCGGCGCCUCCGGCGCAGCAAAAGCAGAUGCUUGGGGAGGCUAUUUAUCCCAAGAUUCAGGCGCAGCAGCCAGAGUUGGCGGGGAAGAUCACAGGGAUGUUGCUUGAGAUGGAUAAUGCGGAGUUGCUCAGUUUGGUUGAUGACGACGCUGCGCUACGGGCUAAGGUCGAUGAGGCUAUUAAUGUUUAUGAUGAGUAUAUGAAGAAUAAGGGGGGCGAGGGGGGUGGUGAGGGUGCUGCUGCUCCUGCCGGUAGUGGUAGUGAUGCAGCGAAGCCUAAGGAGGCGACGGGCGGCGCUGGUGCUGUUGCCGGUGCGGCUUCUGGUGGGAAGGACGGGAAGAGUGAGGAGACGAAGUCUUGA